AUGAGCUUGAAUAACAAACAUCUUCGUGGUGCGGCGGCGGCCUCUGUGGCUGCCAAGAAAGCCAGGUUGGAGGCGGCGGUGUCAAUGAGCCGCGGGAGCACCACUCUCAUUGCCACACCUCCUCCUGCUUCUCUUGCAGCCGCGGCGGUUCUGCCGGUCAGUGCAUCUGCAUCCGGUCCGUCCCCUGCCCCCCCCGCCGCUGUUGUGACGCUGCCCUCCCUCUCAGUCAAUACAGUGAUGUAUGACCCCGUGUGGUCAUUCAGAGAGAAACCCGGGGAGAGCUUGGUUCUGGGGACAGUGGCUCCAAGGAGCCCAAUCCAUAGUUCCCCUCCCGCGGCACGCCCAAGCCCUGCUCAGGAUGCUGCUGGGUUGGGUCUGCAGGGUCCCGCAGUUCCUUCAUCUUCUCUCUAUAGAAAGGCUCCAGUGCAGUCUCUGGCUGGCAUCACUACUUGUCUGUGCUGUGUUAAGCAGCUGAAGAAGAAGGGGAUUUUAUACAUCUGUCUCUUCUUUCACUCUCAUUGUUUCUGUUGUAUCUGUAACAAUGACUUCUGUCUCUCUCAGAUAAAGAUAUCAGUGCUGAAGACUUCAAUAGUGAAGAAUGAGUUUGAUGAGAGUAUGAUUAUUAGUAAGUAG